UGAAUUCUUGUGCUUCUUGUUACUAUGACAAGUAAAUAAAUACUUUAAAGAGUGACUAAUUCUGUGUGUGACAAAUCGUUUGCCGGAAAACGGAAUAUUUAUGCAGAAAUGAUGUUACUCUACUCUGACUGAGAAAAAUCGUUACAGAAAUGGGUUCAAGAGGAAGAGAUAUCGAACGAGAGCGGUUGCUCAAAAAAAUCGCUGAGAAAAGAGCACGUCUGGAAGCAAGGGGAGAUCUAAACAUUAAAGUUCCAAGAUUAACCCUUCCAUCGGAUUUUAACAUUGAAGAUCGUAAUGUCUUCAGCUUACCUCCCGAAAUUCUGAAGCCUGUCAUAGCUUCAUCUUACCCAAAAUACCGCAGAAGGGUUUCGGAACAGAGGAAAAAAGACGAGGAACUCAAAACUAAACUAAAAUCAUAUACCGAACUGAGGAAGCAACGAGAAGAAUUUAGGACGAGAUUAGUAGAUUUGAUAGUAAAUAAAGAUGAUGAUGAUGCAGAGGUAGAUCCAAACGUGAUUCCAUCAGCUGACGAACGAGAAGUUUUGCGUUACUACUACUACAUCAAAUAUGGCGUAGACACCAUACAUGUAGCUCCAUUAGACACAAAAGUUUUGAACAGGGUUUUAGCAUUAAUUCCUAAAAAACUAACAAAAUGGCAGGAAACUUUAAACCAAUCCAUAGAAGACAUGAAAACAGACUUUAUGAUAGCGGUGAAAAAAGCCAUAGUGGAUUUCGUGCUCCAAGAUCCUUCUUUCGUAAGAACUCUUGCUGAAAAAGAAUCUCCGUUUAAGAAAGAGUUGAAAGAACUAGUAUUCAUAGUGAAGCCCGCAUUCCGUGCAGCUAAAACAAAGUUAGAACGAGAUCUCCACGUGAUUAAUCCUUGCUUGGCGGCCAUUUUGGACAUAUGGUACAGUAGAUUCAGGAAACUUCGACUAGUGAACGUUCACGAACUGAAGCAGCACGAGGGUGCGUUUAGUCUUGAAGAGUUUAAAUGGACAAUCACUAGACAUAUAGAUGCUUGCAAAGACACACUAAUGCACGAUUACUAUGCCGCAGUAACCGAUGUGUUUUUGCAAGGCAACAAAAAGAACUUACUUCCAAAUCCGGCUAAAACAAAGAAAAUGAAGUCUUUUUACAAUUCAGUUGCCACUAUUAUGACAUAUAACUUGCAAACUCUGUGUCUAAAGUCGUUGUAUGACUACAUACACUAUAUAACAGAUAUUAAGUACUCGAAUAAAGGUUUUAUUAUUCAUCUACAUCAGAAAAUCAACGUCUUGGUGUUUGAGCCACCAUUUAAGCAUUUUACUGAGGCGCUCUUAGAUGUGAUUGACUUUAUUAUAGAGGCUGUAAUGACUAUACCACGUCUUGAGUGUCGUCUGUAUUUAGACAUGGGUGAAGACGUUUUCUUAAAGCCAACAAUUCCUGAAAUAAUUGUAGAAGAUUACAAAGACCAAAUUAAAACGUUGUUAGAAAAUCAACGAAUUGGUCCAGAAUUACGAGUCCAAGACUUUGAUGAAUAUAUGCCUCUGAUAAAUGGAGAAGAUGAAGAAAGAAUUAAUGAAUUCCUUGCGUCAGAACAUACGUUUAACGACUACGUCGCGGAAAUUUUGCGUUACAAGCAUAUCAUAGAUGAAAUUCCUCUAGUAAAAGAACAUGUCAUUACAAUGGAAAUGUAUGACAUGGAGCGAUUUGAGAUGAUUAAAUCUUUGGUUGCUGCUGCUGAAGGCUUCAGAGAUAUUCUUAUUGGACGGUGUACUUCAGAUUACCAAACUUUGUGCAAAACAUUGGGAGAAGAAUAUCAAACAAUAGCCGACAAGGCUCUCAAACCACCCACCAAAACAUCCGAAUUGAUGGAUUUGAUACGCUAUGUCGAUGAAGUUGAAACUACCAUUCUUCCGGAAAUGGAAGAUAGACUAAGUAUCGUCAUGCAAUACAUACUUUUCCUAGCAGACCAUGCACUCUUCAGUGCCAUUGAAAUGAAACAAAACAACGUCACUUUCUUGUGGUACCUUCGUAUGCCUAAAGUACUAGAAGAACACAGGCAAUUGGUUGACGUUAAAAUGGAAGAAUUCCAAGCUGCGUUAUCUGUAAGAAUACAGAAGUUUGUGGACGAUAUAGAAUUGUAUGCCAAGAUGGUGGAUGAGUUGCAAUACAACGGAGACGUAGAUGAAUUGCCGCGGUACCACAAGAAAGCGACUCAACUUGACAACAGAUUGGUCCAAGCAAUGGAGAAGAUUGAUCAGUUCAAUGAAGAGGAAGCUUCCUUCGGGUUUGAAUUAUCUCAGUACCCGCUUCGUAAACAAACUCAUGACAAACUAACACCUUACAAAAAAUUGUAUGACAACGCGAUGGAGUUUUUGACAAAGUACGAACUUUGGAUGAAGUCGCAAGUUGGUACAUACGAUCCUGAAGAGAUUGAACAAGACGUGGGUCAGUGUUACCGGAAUGUUUACAAGUUAGAGAAAGUCUUUUCGGAUCGACCAGCCACUCACGAACUGGCUACCACUGUGCGAGUUCAAAUUGAAGAGUUUAAAGAACAUAUGCCGAUUAUUCAAACCUUGGGAAAUCCUGGAAUGAAGCCUCGACAUUGGGAAAAAGUUUCGGAAAUUGUUGGUUUCCCUAUUAAAGUUGACGAAGAGCUCACUUUGGAGAAAAUUAUCGAUUAUGGAUUGGAUGAGUACAUAGAGAAGUUCGAAGCUAUAUCGGAAGCGGCCACUAAAGAGAAUAACUUGGAGAAGAACCUAAACAAAAUGAAAACGGAGUGGCAAGACAUGGAAUUUACCGUUUUAAGCUACAAAGAUACGGGGACGUACAUACUUUCAGCGGUUGACGAUAUUCAAGUUUUGCUCGACGACCACAUUGUUAAAACUCAGACUAUGAAAAAUUCUCCUUAUAUUAAACCGUUCGAGAAGGAGAUAUAUGCUUGGGAAGCCACACUACAACUGUGUCAAGAGAUUCUGGAUGAGUGGUUGAAAGUUCAGUCGACUUGGAUGUACCUGGAGCCAAUUUUCAGCUCGCCGGAUAUUCAGCAACAAAUGCCAGAAGAAGGGCGACGAUUUAGUGCCGUCGAUAAGAUAUGGAGAGACAUCAUGAAAACUGUAAAUGGUGAUAAUAAAGUGUUAUCAGUGGUCGAAAUUGACAAGAUGUUGGAACGACUGAAGAAAUGCAACAGUCUUUUGGAACUGAUCCAAAGAGGUUUGAAUGACUACUUGGAGAAGAAACGUUUGUAUUUCCCAAGGUUCUUCUUCUUGUCGAACGACGAACUGCUCGAAAUUUUGUCAGAAACGAAAGAUCCGACAAGAGUUCAGCCUCACCUCAAGAAAUGCUUUGAAGGUAUUGCUAAAUUAACAUUCACGGAGGAUUUGGAUGUAACUGAAAUGAAGUCGAGCGAAGGUGAAAUCGUACCGUUAGUAGACGUUAUUCAAACGGCUCUUGCUCGUGGUCAAGUUGAAAAGUGGUUGGUUGAACUGGAAACUGACAUGAAGAAAUCAGUCCACAAAAUGGUGUUUGAAUCUUUUACAGAUUACGUUAAGCAAAACAGAGAACACUGGGUGUUAGUGUGGCCUGGACAAACCGUGCAAUCCAUCGCCAUGGCUUAUUGGACGUUAGAAGUGACGCAAGCAAUAACAAUUAGUAGAGAAGCUAUGAAAGAGUACUUGGAGAAAUGUAACUUACAGAUUGGUAAAAUUGUUGAUCUUGUUAGAGGGAAGCUGAGUACCCAGAACCGAAUUACUCUUGGAGCGCUUGUUGUACUAGAUGUUCAUGCAAGAGACGUGUUAGCUGAAAUUAUACACCUGAAUGUAAGAACCGUGACUGACUUUAAGUGGUUGUGCCAUUUACGGUACUACUGGGAAGAAAAUAACUUAAAAGUGUCAAUGAUCAAUUCUUCGUUGAAAUACGGUUACGAGUACUUAGGUAACACAACAAGAUUGGUAGUGACACCUCUGACGGAUAGGUGCUACCGAACUUUGUUUGGAGCGUUACAUUUACAUUUGGGUGGCGCCCCGGAAGGUCCAGCUGGUACCGGCAAAACCGAAACCACAAAAGAUUUAGCCAAAGCAGUCGCUAAACAAUGCGUUGUCUUUAACUGUUCAGACGGUCUUGAUUACAUAGCCCUCGGAAAAUUCUUCAAAGGUUUGGCAUCUUGUGGAGCUUGGUCUUGCUUUGACGAAUUCAACAGAAUCGACUUAGAAGUAUUGUCGGUAGUGGCGCAACAAAUUCUGACAAUCCAAAGAGGUAUUAACGCUGGUGUUGAAAAACUAUUGUUCGAAGGUACUCAACUGAUUCUGGAUCCCACUUGUGCUGUUUUUAUCACAAUGAAUCCUGGUUAUGCCGGACGUACUGAGUUACCUGACAAUUUGAAAGCGUUGUUUAGAUCGGUGGCUAUGAUGGUACCCGAUUAUGCUCUAAUUUCUGAAAUAGAACUCUAUGCUAGUGGUUUUCUUACUGCUAAACCUCUGUCAGUUAAAAUCGUUGCGACCUACCGUUUGUGCUCAGAGCAGUUGUCUUCUCAGUGUCAUUAUGACUACGGUAUGAGGGCCGUCAAGUCAGUACUAAGAGCUGCAGGAGCGUUGAAACUUCGGUACCCGGACGAACAAGAGGAUAUUUUAGUACUAAGAUCUAUAAAAGAUGUAAAUCUUGCUAAAUUUCUCAAUCAGGACGUCCCUUUGUUUCAAGGGAUUACUUCUGAUUUGUUCCCUGGCGUUAUAUUACCAGAACCUGAUUAUGUCAUCAUGAACCAAGCGGUAGAUGACACGUGUAAAAAAAAUAAUAUCCAAAACACACCAUUCUUUUUGGAAAAAGUACAGCAGUUGUAUGAAAUGAUAGUAGUGAGGCAUGGAUUGAUGAUCGUUGGGUACCCAUUUGGAGGGAAGACAACAUCUUAUCGAAUUCUAGCAGAGGCUUUAGGUCUCAUAGAAGAAAGAGGUGGUAUGGAUGAACAUAAAGCCAUUUAUACCAUCAUGAAUCCAAAGUCGAUCACUUUGGGUCAGUUAUAUGGACAAUUUGAUCCGGUUUCUCAUGAAUGGUCGGAUGGUGUGUUAGCUGUGAGUUUUCGUCAGUUUGCGAUGUCCACAACGGAUGAUAGGAAGUGGUUAAUAUUUGACGGUCCUGUUGAUGCCGUCUGGAUAGAAAACAUGAAUACCGUGUUAGACGACAACAAAAAACUUUGUUUAAUGUCUGGCGAAAUAAUUCAGUUGGCAAAUACAACGAAUUUGAUUUUUGAGCCUAUGGAUUUGGAAGUAGCUUCUCCUGCUACUGUUUCCAGAUGUGGAAUGAUUUACAUGGAGCCUGCGUCAUUGGGGUGGGAGCCUCUUUUGAUCUCUUGGCUUAAUAUUCUUCCCCCGGUUAUAAAUACCGACUUUUAUAAAACGAUGAUUAAGACCUUGUUUAUCCGAUUUUGUAAUCCUUUGUUGUGGUUAUUAAACAAAGGAGGCGUAAAAGAGAUCGCAAAAACUUCAGACACUAAUAUGGUAAAAGCUACGAUGAAUUUGUUUGACUGUUUCAUGGGAGAUUUUCUCGAUGAAAAAUAUCGCGAGCAAGUGAGUGAUUUGGAUAUUAGGGCACAAAUAGAGGGUUCGUUCUUUUUUGCCUGCAUAUGGUCCAUGGGGGGAACUUUGGACGCAAACAGCAGACCCAAGUUCAAUAUGCUAUUUAGAGCAUUACUGGAGAGAGAAUUUCCGGAGAAGAUCCGCGAACAGUUAGGCAUUCACUUUGAAAUAGCCAAACCCGAAAAACCUUAUAUUUUUACGAUACCGAGUGGAGAAACUGUGUUCGAUUAUCGAUACAUUAAAGAGGGCAAAGGAAAGUGGAAACUUUGGUCUGACGAUUUGGCAUCAGCUCCUCCAAUUCCCAGAGACAUUCCCGUAAAUCAAAUAAUCGUCCCCACAGUGGAGACCAUCAGAAAUAUCACAAUAAUGCAAUUACUGGUGCAACACCAAAAGGCCAUGAUGAUCAUAGGUCCGACGGGAACCGGAAAAUCCAGUUACAUCACCGAAUUUCUGCUGAAAAAGAACGACACGAAUACUUAUAAACCGGUUUUUAUUAGCUUUUCGGCGCAAACUACUGCCAAUCAGACUCAGGAUAUAAUUAUGGCCAAGUUGGAUAAAAGAAAGAAGGGAGUUUUCGGUCCCCCGGUUACUAAGAAAUGUGUCGUCUUUGUCGAUGACGUGAACAUGCCGUUGAAAGAAGUUUAUGGAGCUCAGCCGCCUAUUGAAUUAUUGAGACAGUGGUUUGAUCAUGAGAUGUGGUACGAUAGGAAAGAAGUUGUUCCCAUCAAGCUUAUUGAUAUUCAGUUUAUGUGCGCGAUGUGCCCACCUACAGGAGGUGGCAACACGAUUACCCCCAGGUUUUCGAGACAUUUCAAUCACUUGUGUAUUGACGAAUUUCAAGAGAGUGUACUGAUUCACAUUUUCAGUAAAAUAAUGUUGUGGCAUUUGGAUACAAGGGGAUUUUCCAAGGAGUUCGACCCGUGCAUUCAACAGAUAGUCUUGGCGACUCUCGACAUGUACAAAAUGGCAAGGGCCAAUUUGCUCCCAACUCCGGCCAAGUCGCAUUACCUGUUCAACUUGCGUGAUUUCUCCAGAGUCAUUCAAGGCGUCUUGCUGUCCGUCCCCGAAGCCAUGGAGGACUUGGUGGCGAUGAAGCGCCUCUGGGUCCACGAGGUGCUGAGGGUGUACUACGACCGUCUGGUCGACGACGCCGACAGGACCUGGAUAGUCCAAGCUCUGCGGGAGAUAACCACCCGUCAGCUGGAGGAGGAGUUCGACACCAUGUUCCAGAGGCUGGCCACGCCGGAAUCCACUACGAUAGGGGAGACCGAGUUGCGGAAUUUGCUUUAUUGCGAUUUUGCGAAUCCCAAAGCGGAUCAGCGGCAUUACAUCGAAGUGCUCGAUCUGGACCAAUUGAAAGAGAUAGUCGAGGGUUAUUUGGCGGAAUUCAAUAACAUGACUAAGAAGCCGAUGAAUCUGGUGCUUUUCAGAUUUGCGAUCGAACAUUUAUCAAAGUUAUGUCGGAUAUUGAAGCAGCCUCGGAGUCACGGCCUUUGCGUCGGCGUGGGGGGCUCCGGGAGGCAAUCGCUCACUCGUCUUGCGGCCCACAUUUCCGAAUACGAAUUGUUCCAAGUGGAGAUCACCAGGUCUUACACGACCAUCGAGUGGAGGGAGGACGUUAAAGUGAUAUUACGCAAAGCGAGCGCCUCGGAUCAACACGGGGUUUUCCUAUUCACCGACUCCCAGAUAAAAGAAGAGGGAUUUCUGGAGGACAUCAGCAAUUUGAUGAAUUCAGGCGAAGUUCCAAAUAUAUUUACAGGAGAGGAGCGCGUCGAACUGUGCGAGAAGAUGCGACAGUUGGAUAGGCAAAGGGAUAAAUCCUUACAGACGGACGGGAGUCCUCCAGCUUUGUACAACUUCUUCAUACAAAUAGUUAAGGAACAAUUACACGUCGUCUUGGCGAUGAGCCCGAUUGGGGACAGCUUCAGGACGAGGAUCAGAAAAUUCCCCGCUAUUGUCAAUUGUUGCACGAUCGACUGGUUCCAAACGUGGCCCGAGGACGCUCUUUUAGCCGUCGCGACGCGUUUCCUCGGAGAAAUUGAAAUGGAGACCAGAGAGCGCGAGGUCUGCAUCGACAUGUGUCAAAUGUUCCAUACGACAACGCAAGAACUUUCCGUCGAGUAUCACGUACGACUGCAGCGCUAUAACUACGUCACGCCGACGUCGUAUUUGGAGCUAAUAAGCACGUUUAAAACUUUUCUCAACAAGAAGAGACAGGAGGUGCUGGUUGGAAAAAAGCGCUACGAGGUAGGUUUGGAAAAGCUGGAUCACGCCGGUUCCCAAAUAGCCAUCAUGCAAAAGGCGUUGGAAACUCUUCAACCGGCUCUGGUAGAAGCCGCAGCCAAAGUUGCAGAAACCAUGAAGAAAGUGGAAGCCGAAUCGGCUGAAGCAGCCGAAGUUGAAAAAGUAGUAAUGGCGGAUGAAGCCGUGGCUAAUGAACAAGCUCAAAAAGCCCAAGCUAUUAAAGACGAAUGUGACGCCAAUCUAGCCGAAGCUAUGCCUAUUUUGAAUGCCGCUUUAGCGGCUCUGAACACCCUCACGACUGCUGAUAUUGCGGUUGUGAAGACCAUGAAGAGUCCUCCCAAAGGAGUGCGACUAGUUAUGGAAGCUGUGUGUAUAUUGAAGGACAUCAAACCUCAAAAACUACCCCUACCAAGUGGUAUAGGCACCUACGAAGACUACUGGGGACCUUCCUUGAAAGUUCUCGGCGACAUGAAAUUCCUCGACAGUUUAAUAAACUUCGACAAAGACAACAUCCCGGUGAAAGUCAUGGCAAAACUAAGCGACAAGAUUCUAAACGACGAAAGCUUCGACCCCGAAAAAAUUAAGGUGGCGUCAACCGCUGCUGAAGGUCUGUCCAAGUGGGUGAUAGCCAUCUCCAAGUACGACAAAGUGGCAAAAGUAGUGGCCCCUAAGAAAAUAGCCUUAGCUGCGGCUGAAGACGAAUUCAACACUGCUAUGACCAAACUAGAAGUUAAAAGACAACAACUACGAGAAGCCCGGGAAAAAGUUGCCAAGCUCGAAGCCUUGCUAGAUGCCGAAAAUAAAAAGUUCCAGAGUUUGACUGACGAAGUGAAUCUGUGUCAACUGAAGCUCCAUCGCGCCGAAGAACUGAUUGGAGGCUUGGGUGGCGAGAAAACUAGGUGGAUGGCCACGGCCAAAAUGCUAGGGGAGAAAUACUAUAUGUUAACCGGCGAUAUUUUAAUUGCUGCCGGGGUUGUGGCAUAUUUGGGACCAUUUACGUACCAGUUUCGACUGAAACAAAUUGGUGAGUGGAUUGCAGCUUUACAGGGAUUUAAUAUAGUUUGCUCGCCGGACUUUUCUCUGACGACUACACUUGGAGAACCUGUGGAAAUUCGACAGUGGAACAUUUUCGGUUUACCAUCCGACAGCUUUAGUAUCGACAACGGAAUUAUCAUAAAAAAUGCUCGAAGGUACGCUCUGAUGAUUGAUCCGCAAGGCCAAGCGAACAAAUGGGUGAAAAACAUGGAGAAAUCGCAGAAUCUGGCGAUAAUACGAUUAAAUCAACCGGAUUAUGUCAGAAUUCUUGAGAACGCGAUUCAGUUUGGACAACCGGUGCUUUUGGAGAACAUAGGGGAAGAAUUAGACCCGAUUCUUGAGCCUGUAUUGGCGCAGCAGGUAUUCAAACAAAGCGGUGCGCUUUGUCUCAAAUUAGGGGACUCAGUUGUGGAAUAUAAUCCCGAUUUCAAAUUAUAUAUAACGACAAAACUGAGAAACCCACAUUACCUUCCAGAAGUAGCAGUGAAAGUGACUUUAGUCAAUUUCAUGAUUACUUCGGUUGGUCUUGAAGAUCAACUUCUGGGUAUUACGGUGGCGAAGGAGAGACCUGACUUAGAGGCAGAAAAAAACUCCCUCAUUAUCCAAGGAGCUGAAAAUAAGCGCGCCUUAAAGGAGAUUGAAGAUAAAAUCUUGGAAGUUUUAAGCACAUCGGAAGGCAAUAUCUUGGAGGAUGAGACUGCCGUACAAAUUCUAAGUUCUUCGAAAACUUUGUCGAAUGAGAUCGCUGCUAAACAGUCCGUUGCAGAAGUCACCGAGCAGCAGAUUGAUAAAGCAAGAAUGGAGUACAAGCCAAUAGCUGCACAUUCCACGAUAUUAUUUUUUACUAUUGUUGAGUUGGCAAAUAUUGAUCCUAUGUAUCAAUACUCACUCGUGUGGUUUAUGAACUUGUUUAAAGCAGCCAUCGACAAUACAGAAAAAGUUGACGACGUAACAGAACGACUAGCCGAUUUAGAAAAAUUUUUCACGUAUUCUCUGUACGUGAAUAUAUGCCGCAGUUUAUUUGAGAAAGAUAAACUUUUAUUUUCACUUUUGUUAAACAUCAAUCUACUAAAAAGUCAGGACAAGAUCGAUCUGCCAGAAUGGAUGUUUCUCUUAACGGGAGGUGUCGGGUUAGAUAAUCCCAAUGUAAAUCCCUCCAACUGGUUGGUAACUAAAUCCUGGGAUGAACUGUGCAGACUCGACGAGUACCCAGCCUUUAGGGGUAUAAAAGACAGUUUUAUUAACAAUUUAGACAAAUGGAAGGAACUGUUCGACUCCGGCGAACCUCAGAACUUUCCGUUGCCAGAUUCCUGGCACACCAAACUUUCCUCUUUUCAAAGAAUUUUAGUUCUGCGAUGUAUGAGGUUCGACAAAGUAAUCCCAGCCAUCCAAUCAUUUGUCCACGAGAACUUAGGCAAGAGCUUCAUCGAGCCGCCUCCCUUCGACCUGUAUUCGUCGUUUACGGAUUCCCACUGUUGCAUCCCUCUGAUUUUCGUUUUGACCCCCGGGGCUGAUCCUAUGACACUCCUACUCAAAUUCGCGGAUGAUCAAGGGUUCGGAGCGGCUCGAUUAUUCGCGUUAUCGCUGGGGCAAGGCCAAGGGCCCAUCGCCGUGAAAUUGAUCGACGAAGGGAUCAGGAAUGGAACUUGGGUGGUCCUCCAGAACUGUCACUUGGCGCAAAGUUUCAUGCCGACGCUCGAGAGGAUCUGCGAGAACUUAACCGUCGACUCCACCCACCCCGACUUCCGCUUGUGGCUGACUUCUUACCCCGCCGAUCACUUUCCCGUGCUCGUUUUACAAAACGGCGUUAAGAUGACGAACGAGCCGCCGAAGGGGUUAAGAGCCAACAUAACAAGAUCGUAUUUGAGCGAUCCGAUAUCGGAUCCCGAAUGGUUCGAGAGCUGCACGCAGAGCGUCCCAUUCAAGAGGCUGUUGUACGGCUUGUGCUUCUUCCACGCUUCGGUGCAAGAACGGAGGAAAUUCGGGCCCCUGGGCUGGAACAUCCCCUACGAAUUCAACGAAACUGAUCUGAGGAUCAGCGUGAUACAGCUCCACAUGUUUCUCAAUGAGUACGAGGACGUUCAAUACGAUGCCCUGUUGUACCUGACCGGAGAAUGCAACUACGGAGGCCGAGUGACGGACGACUGGGACCGGAGGACUCUCUCGACGAUACUACGAAAGUUUUAUUGCAAGGAGCUCGUCGAAACUCCAAAAUACCCUUUUGAUCCCACAAAAAAGUAUUACUGCCCUAACAAAGAUGAUUAUGAAGAAUUCAUGGAGUAUACCAAGUCGUUACCUUUGAUCACCCACCCAGAAGUGUUCGGUAUGAACGAAAACGCGGAUAUCAUGAAAGAUCAACAGGAAACGAAUUUGAUGUUUACCAGUAUUCUGCUCACGCAGGACGCGACAGCAUCAGGUGGUAGUCAAAAAUCUCCCGAUGAAGUCAUCCUCGAAGUCGCAGCUGACAUUUUAGCAAAAUUACCCCGUAAUUACGACCGAGAUGCCGUAAUGGAAAAAUAUCCGACUUUAUACGCUCAGAGUAUGAACACAGUCCUCGUCCAAGAAAUGAACCGAUUCAACAACCUCCUCUCCGAAAUCAGAUCGAGUUUAAUAAACGUGGGCAAAGCAAUAAAGGGCCUAAUCGUUAUGUCUCCUACUUUAGAGGAGGUCACCAUGAGCAUGCUGACCGGAAAAAUUCCCAGUUUAUGGAUGAAAAAGUCGUACCCGUCCUUGAAACCACUAGGAAGCUACGUUAAUGAUUUCUUGGCACGUCUGGCUUUCUUGCAGAAAUGGUAUGAGGAAGGCGCUCCACCGUCGUAUUGGAUCUCGGGAUUUUUCUUUACGCAGGCUUUCUUGACAGGGGCUCAACAAAAUUACGCAAGGAAGUACAGAAUACCGAUCGACUUGCUGGCAUUUGAUUACGAGGUGUUGAAAGAAACGCAUUUUACUGAAGGACCAGACGAUGGAGUUAUUGUUUAUGGGCUUUUCUUGGAUGGGGCGCGAUGGGACAUGACGACGAUGGUUGUGGAUGAAGCGCUGCCGAAAGUACUGUACGACAAUGUGCCUUAUAUUUGGCUUAAACCGAUGAAACGAGAAGACAUCAAAGAAAGACACACUUACUUAUGUCCGGUGUACAAAACUUCUGAAAGACGAGGCGUGUUAUCGACAACAGGUCAUUCCACCAAUUUCGUUAUUGCAAUGACACUACCAACUAAAAAGUCUUCAAAUCAUUGGAUAAUGCGAGGUGUGGCCAUGUUGUGUCAGCUGUCGCAGUAAUGGAGGAGAGCGAUUAAUUGUUCGUUUUUAGUACUUUGUUACGAUGUUUUUUAUUUAUGCGGACAUGCACUUUUAUAUUUAUUUAUGUUGUGUGUAUGCACCAUUUCACUGUUUG